AUGGAUUGGUACACUAAUACAAAUCAUAAAAAAAGAAACUCAUUGAAUAAUAAUAAUUUUGCAGGACUUAAUUUAAAUUCAACAAUAAAUAAUAACAAUAAUAGUAAUAACUUUAAUGGAAGAUCUAGUGAACAAACUUCACCUGCUACACCAUAUUCAAGUCUAAAUAAUACUCAAAAUAACAACUUUAAUAACAUAUACUCAAACUAUUCUAUGAAACACCAUCAUCAACACCAACAACAACAACAACAACAACAACUGCCAUACACACAAACAAAUCAAACUUUACAACCGCCGUAUCAUAUAAAUUCUUCAGGAAGAAGUCCAAAUCAAAUAUCAACUUCACCUUCAAACAUGGCAACACCAACUGGAUUUGCAUCAUCAUCAAUGAAUUCAUUAUCAAAUACUCCAAUGAUCAAUGCAUAUAUUUCAUCAACUAAUUCUUCAUCGAUUCCAAUUAGUAAUCCAAAUUCUGCAAUACCUAAUUUCAUGCCAUCUUCAAAUUCUACUCAAAUGUUAACUACAACUCCAAUUGAAAGAACUUCAUAUUAUUUCAGUCAACUUCCAUUAUUUACAUGUGAUUGGACAACAAUUAAUAACAACUCAUUAAAUUAUGUUGCAUUAGGAUCAUAUAAAGAAGGAUUUACUAAUAAAUUAGAAAUUGUUCAAGGUACAAAUUAUGAUCAAGAUACUCAAUAUUCUCAACAACAUUCACUUCAACAUCAACUGCAUUUACCAUCAUCUUCUUCUUCUUCUUCUUCAAUAACUCAAGAUAAUUCAAAUCUACUAAAUGGAUCAAAUGGUUAUUAUGAUGAAUAUGAUUCUAAUUCUUCAGAAGGAUUUCUAUUUCAAAAAAUUGCAGAAACUAAUUUAAAUUAUCCAAUUACUCAUUUAAAAUGGGAUCCAUCAAUGUUGAAAUAUACAAAUCAGAAUGCACAAAGAUUAGCUGCAUCAAGUGAAGUACUAAGAUUAUAUAAAUUAAAUGAAUCUGUUAAUGAAAAUGAUUAUAAUUUAGUUCAAACUCAUAUUUUAGCUAAUAAUGCAGCUACCAAUACAACCAAAUUAUCAUUACUACAUGAUAAUGAAAUAAAUACAUUACCUCCAGUUACAUCAUUUGAUUGGAAUACUACUGAUCCAAAUAUAUUAAUUACAUCAAGCGUAGACACAACUUGUACAGUAUGGGAUUUAAAUAGAUCUCAUCCUUAUGAUAAUUUUACAGAUACAGCAGUUGUUAAAACUCAAUUAAUUGCUCAUGACUCAGAGGUUUUUGAUGUUAAAUUUAUACAUAAAUCUACAAAUGUAUUUGUAUCUGUUGGUAAUGAUGGUUCAAUGAGAGUUUUUGAUUUAAGAUCAUUAGAACAUUCAACAAUCAUUUAUGAACCACAACCUGAAACAACUACUCCAAAAUCAUCAAAACCUUUGCAGGUACAAGGAUUACAUUCUUCAAAUUUCAACUCAAAAGCAUUACUCAAAUUAUCCGCAUCAAAUAUAGAUCAACAUCAUUUAGCUACUAUAGGUGUCAACUCUAAUCAAAUUAUUAUAAUAGAUAUGAGAAUGCCAGGUAUACCAAUGGCAAUGAUUGAUGGCUCAAUAAAUAAUCCAAAUUAUCCAUCAGCUUCAAUAAAUUCCAUAUCGUGGCAUCCAACAUCAAAUUAUUUGUUAUCUGGUGGUGAUGAUUGUCAAGCAUUAGUAUGGGAUAUAAAUAAUUUAAAUAAUAAUCCAAAUAAUUCAAGUUAUACAAAUUCUUCAAGUUCUUCAAGUUUAUCCAAUGGUAAUAAUGGUAAUAAUAAUAAUGUUGGAAAUGGUAAUGACUCAACUAACAGUAGUGGUAGUAGCUCAAAUGGUUCAGGAAUAAUUAUAGAUACCCCUGUUUUAGCUUAUGAAGAAGAUUUAGAAGUAAAUAAUGUAUGUUGGAAACAAAAUUCUGGUGAUUAUAUGGGAGUUGUUAGUGGUAAAGGUUUUCAAGCAGUAAAAAUAUAA